AUGCACACCGGCCACAAGUCCGACAACAGCACCACCCGAGGGGAACGCUGCCCAUGGAGCGACCGCCCGACCACCGCCGACGACCCGACGACCCGACGACCCGACCACCCAACGACCCGACCUCACCCCGACCCGACGACCCGACCACCAACGACCCGACCACGACCCGACCACCCAACGACCCCGACACCCAACGACCCGACCACCCAACGACCCGAUCACCCGAACCACCGACCCACCCAACCACCCACGACCGACCACUCCCACGACGCCGACACCCACGAACCCGACACCCAGCGACCCCGACCACCCGAACGACCCAACGACCCGACCACUCAACGCACCCCGACCCACCCGACGACCCGACCACCACCGACGCACCCAACGACCCCGACCACCCCACCGACCACGACGACCGACGGGCACCAACGGUACCCGAUCCCGACCCGACCACCAACGACCGACCCACUGACCAACCACCCAACGACCCCGACCAACCAACGACCACCACCCAACAGACCCACCACCCAACGACCACACCACGACCUCGACACCCAACGCGACCCGACCACCCACGACCGCCCCCAACGACCGACCACCCAACGACCCGACCACCAACGACCCCGACGACCACACCGAUCCUCGACCACCAACGCCCAUCAACGCCGACCACCGACCCCCGACCACCCGACCACCCGACCACCCAACGACCCGACCCCAACGACCGACCACCCAACGACCGACCACCCAACGACCCGACCACCCACGACCCGACCCACCAACCGACCCGACACCCAACGACCCGACCACCCAACGACCGAUCACCGACACCCAACCAUCCAACGACCCGACCACGCCCAACGACCCAACGACGACCCAACGACCCGACACCCGACCACCACGCACGACCCGACCACCCACGACCCGACCACCCAACGACCCGACCAAGACCCGACCACCCAACGACCCGACCACCCAACGUACCCGACCACCCAACGACCCGACCACCCAACGACCCGACACCAACGACCCCGACCCACCCAAGACCGACCCCCCAAACGAACCCGAACCACCAACACCCAACACCCAACGACCCGAACCACCCACGCCCGACCACCACCCCAUACAGUGAUCACCCCGAGCGAUCGCAACGACCCGACCACCCGACCACCCUACAACGACCGAACCACCCGACGACCCGUACACCCGAUGCACCACCCGAGCCGCCACCCCAACGACCGUCCGACCCUACCGAAUCCCAACGACCCCCGUCCACCGCCCCCCCCCCCCCCCCCCGACCCACCCCGAACCCACCGCCAAACGACCCGAACUGUUCAGAUCCACCGAUCCCCGCCGCAGCCCACCCCACAACGCGCCCGGCUCUCCGCGUGCACGACCACCCCGACCCACCCCAACCGCACCAACGACCCCGACCCGCACCGCACGACGACCCGACCACCCGAACAGCCAACGACCCCGACCACCGACCACCUCACCCGUACCGACCACCCACGACCCGACCCACCCGACCACCCGAGCCCACCCGACUCGCUAUAUGACUCGCUGCGAGAAAAUUACAGCAGAUCUCGGGAAAAAAUAGUCUUAAAAGCACACAAUUUUUUCGCGAUGCACGGGGGGCGCGGAGUUAUCCCGGUAGCAAGCCCUGAGGAUAUUCCCAAACCAAAUUUACAUUGUGAACACGACACUUUUGGAGUCCGACGCUAA